GAUGAAGAAAUAAAAAUGACAGGGAACCGCGGGGUGUCACAAGCGUUUACUGAAUAUCAAGCGGCUCGCUUAAGAUUUGUCCAAACAAUAUCUGACUUGUCUUCUCGAAGUCACAACAUUGAAGGUCUGGAGAAAGCGGGUGUCUUGGACUUGUUAGAGCCGUUGCUUUUCGACGUUUUACCUUCAAUACAACAAACAGCGAUCGCAACACUCGGAAAGUUGACUAAUCAUGAAGAAAAGUUAGCUUAUGCUGUUGUAAAGCGAGAUAUUCGUCGGCUAACUUUAGUAUUGAUAAUUAAUAGAAUUGUUUUACAGAAAUUUUAUAAAAAAUCAACCUUGUAUUUAUUUCGCACGAUAUCUAAACACUCUGAAGAUCUAGCAAAUUUUGUGGUUGAUGCGGGAGGAAUUAACGCCAUCUUUGAUAGUCUAGGUGACCUUGAUUUUGGGGUUAAAGAAAAUGCUGUCUGGGCUGUUGGAUAUAUUGCAAGGCAUAGUGAAGAUUUAGCGCUUAAAAUAGUUGCUACAGGUGUCGUUCCACUGCUAAUUCUAUGUUUACAAGAACCGGAUAAUAAUUUAAAGCACCUUAGCGCUUCAGCGUUGUACGACAUCAGCAAACAUACCCCAGAACUUGCGCAAGUGGUCGUUGAUAAUGACGCAAUAAUAAUUCUAGCGAAAUUACUGAUGAGUGAGGAAGUAAAAUUAAAGCGGCAAGUAUUAUUAACUCUUGGUAGCAUCGCAAAACACUCGACAAAUUUGGCAGAGUCUGUUGUUGAAGCGGACAUUUUUCCAAGUUGUUUGUUGCUGAUGGGUCAUCCCGAUGAUGCUGUCAGGAAGAACGCGGCUAUACUCACCCGAGAAAUUUCCAAGCAUACUCUCGAGCUCGCUCAAUUAGUCGCAAACGCCGGCGGAAUAGCCGCACUGAUAGAGUUUAUAUCUACGACGUUUAAAUCAUCAACAAAAUUGCCCGGGAUAAUGGCGCUAGGGUAUAUUGCCGGUCACUCGGAUCAAAUUGCAAUUGCAAUAAUUGGAUCCCAAGGUGUGGUUUUAUUAUCAAAGCUGCUGAUGCAGGAAAUUGAUGACAGUACUCAGGCUAUUAUUGUUUGGGCGCUAGGCCAAUUGGGUAAACACAGCCCGGAACACGCGCAAGCUGUCGCUGUUACUAAUAUUUUUCCAAAAUUUAUCCAGCUAUACAUGAAUCCAAAAAGCUCUCAAGAUUUAAAAUCAAAAAUAAUAUCGAGUUUUAAAAAUAUUUUGCCGAAAUGUUCCGCAGUUGAUGCUUUAGAGCCGCUGAUAGGUGACUCACCGCCGGAAAUAUUGAGCGACAUCUUACAACACUUAAGCGAGAUUCUUCCGAGUGAUCCUAAAUCAAGACGGUCAUUUGUCACCUCCGGGGGAUUGAAGAAGAUCCAACAAUUGCAAACAGAGCCUCAAUCUAAAUUAAAUGAGUUUAUUAGCACAAUAAAUAGCUGCUAUCCUGAAGAAAUUAUCAGAUAUUUUUCUCCAGGAUACCCGGACAUUUUACUGGAAAAAAUUGAACAGUAUACACCGAAGCCGUUGACUGGAAGUCUAAAAAAUUAUUCGUAA